AUGGGAUCGCCAAGAGUACAAAGGUGGGCUGUCAAACUCAGUGCAUACCAGUACAACAUUGUCUACAAACCAGGCAAACAUCACGCAAAUGCAGACGCGUUGAGCAGAUUGCCAGUCCCUGUCAAAUUAAGGAAAGAGGAGAGGACUGAGCAAGUGCUAAUGAUGGACAUACUAGAUGAGACACUGAUAAGUGCAAAGCAGAUAAAGAGCUGGACCUCAAAAGAUUCUGUAUUAGCACAAGUACAUGAAUACAUUCUCAAAGGAUGGCCUGCAGUAACUGAUCCAAACCUUAAGGCAUUCCACCAGAGGAAAAUGGAGCUCAGUGUAAGAGAUGGCUGCAUCCUCUGGGGAGCUCGAGUUGUAAUUCCUACAAAAGGAAGAGAAAGGAUGCUGAAACUGUUACAUCAAACUCACACGGGAAUGACUAAAAUGAAAGGACUGGCCAGAUCAUACAUGUGGUGGCCAGGAAUGGACCAAGACGUUGAGAGAACUGUUCAGGCAUGUCAUGAAUGCCAGGCGCAUCAAAAAGCACCUGCCCAUGCACCUUUACACCCGUGGGAAUGGCCUGAGUCACCAUGGUUGACAGUUCAUGUGGACUACGCUGGACCAUUCCAAGGAGAAAUGUUUCUCGUGAUUGUGGACGCACAUUCAAAGUGGCUUGAUGUUUACCCAACUAAAACAUGCACCUCCCAAGUCACUAUUGAAAAACUCAGACAAAGCUUCAGUAUUUUCGGAAUACCAAAAAUCCUUGUGUCUGACAAUGGAACUUGCUUCACAAGUACAGAGUUCCAAGAUUUCGUGAAGAAAAAUGGAAUACAUCAUGUGAGAUCCGCCCCAUUUCACCCAUCUACAAAUGGACUUGCUGAGAGAGCGGUUCAGACUUUCAAAGAGGGGAUGAAGAAGAUGAAAGAAGGGACAAUACAAACAAGGUUAUCAAGAUUCUUGUUUAGCUACCGGAUCACACCUCACGCAACAACAGGAUUAUCACCUGCAGAACUCAUGAUGUCACGUAGGCUAAGAUCAGCCCUGGAUUUGGUUCGUCCAGAUGUGAAAACCAAAGUGCUACAAAAGCAGCUGAAACGGAAAGAGAACCAUGAUGCACGCAGUAAACAGAGAGGAUUUACAUCAGGAGAUGAUGUGCUCAUCAGGAACUAUUCCUAUGGACCAAAGUGGAUUCCUGGAGUUAUUCAAGACUUUUCAGGACCUCUUUCGUAUACUGUUAAUGUUGGUUCUGGUCAAGUUGUAAAAAGGCACGUGGAUCAGGUCAGAGCUAGAUUGGCAGAUUCUGAGCUAAAUGUUGAGAAAGAGAGAAGCUUAGUGUUGUUUCCGGACACUACUCAAAAUGUUGUUACACUACCUGACAUGACCAAACCUCACAUGUUAGAAGAGCAGAGUCCUAACGCAGAGAAAAUUGUGUCAGAGAUACCUUCUGUCUCAGAUAUUCAGAAACGGGCUGAGCUAGAAACAAGACAUUCCACUAGAGAGAGACGUACCCCUACUCACCUUAAAGAUUUUGUUUGUUAAAGUAAAAAAAAAAAAGGAAAGCUUAAUAGAAUUUAUUGCUUAGUUUUGGGCUAAGUCAUCUUCAAUUUAUUAUUGUGAAUAUGUUAUGUACACCUAUUGGCUUAAAUUGCCAUGGUUGGUUUUUGCUUAAAGGUGAGGGAGAUGUGGUAUACUGAGAUUUAGUAUUAUUGUUUUGGAUGUUAUGCCAGGGCUUGUUCCAGGUUAGAUGUGCAAGAGUACUGUGGACAGUGAUUGUUGCAAUGUUGUGUUGUUGUUGUGCGGUUUCUCCAGUAGAGGGCGCACGAGCGUAAUGUUACCUGAUGGAUGUUGAUGUUGUGAGAGAACCCCAGAAGAAGCGGUACCAAAAGAGAGAUGUGCUUGGUGGUUGUAUAUGAACUUCAGUAAAAGCAACUGAACUAACUUGA